UGCAUUUCCGGCCUUUAGGCCCGGCGGUCGUCGUGGAAGAGCCGUCAUGGCGGCCCCUCCGCCCUGCUACCCGGCCUGGCUGACGCGCUUGGCGGAGUUUCGGAAGGGGAGGCCUCCGCCCCUGCGGCUGCCGCGGCCCCUGGUGCUGGCUGACCGAGUCUCGAACCGGCGCCUGAGGCUCGGAGAGGCAACGUGCAUCACAGAGAUGUCAUUAAUGAUGACUUGUUGGAAGAAGAAUGAGUUUAAUGACACUGCUUGUGCCCAGGAGAUACAAACAUUCUUUGAUUGUACAGCAAAGGCAGAAGCAGAACGCAAGGAGAGAAUUCUACAAGAAUCUCUGGGCCGAUCAGGAAAUUUUGGUCCAAAACAAGUCAACAAACUACUGAAGCGGUUUCCAAACAUGACAGACUACAAUUAAAGAGACUUUGAUUUCCCAAAUGUCUGGAUAUCAGGAGCUGAAACUGGACAUGUUUCGAGAAAUUCUCUACUUGCUUGUCUUUGAAACUGAGGGGGGAAGUGCUUUGCUGCAUUUUACAGGGGGCUUAAACAAACACUCCUGUUGCAGAUUAGGUAAAAACCUAAAGGUCUCUCUGAUAGGAACCUUCUUUGAGUAGAAGAACAUUUGCUUGAAAUAAUGCUCAGUUAGCAUCUUUUUUGAGACUUGUGUGAAAUAAAGUCUUCUAAUGAACUGUAUAA